AUGAAUUUUAAUUUUGUUUGGGAGAUGUUUUUGCCUGCGGGGCCGCGCCACCCCGACCUUCACCUGGCCGGGCCUUCUCCUCCUUCAGCCAUCCCGCGGAGGACGCGGGGGAUUCUCCGCUGCCCGGCUCCUCGGCUCUGCCUUCCCGGGGAAGCCGCUGGAAAGGGAAAGGCCGUGGGGCCUGGCCUUCCCCGGGGGAAGCCGCUGGAGAGGGAAAGGCCGUGGGGCCUGGCCUUCCCGAGGGACGCCGCUGGAAAGGGAAAGGCCGUGGGGCCUGGCCUUCCCCGGGGGAAGCCGCUGGAAAGGGCACCGGAACCCCGGCGCGGCAGCUCCGUGCCCGGCCGGAGCGUGCAGCCGCGGACCGGGCCCGCCGGCACUUCCGGUGCCUCGGCUCUGGACGUCAACCUGCGCUACUGGAGGGCGGAGGGGCAGUCGUUCUUCCAGAGGUUUCUCCUCUGGGCGGACGCCUUGGAUCCGCUGCUGCUCCUCAAGUCCUCGAAUGAAAUAAAAACAACCAGGUUAUUUAUACAAAUUAAUGAGAAGACCCUAAAUGAGCGCGUACAGAAUAAUCAGACCAAACAAGCCUUCUUGCUAAGCCUGUCCAGUGUACAUCCUGAUACAGACAAGAUAAUUCCUGUUUUGUUUAGACCUCCAGCUUUCAUGCCUAUAACUCUUCCCUUGGUCGUCGUUUCAUCUGUUCAGCGCCAGGCAAAGCGUUCUUUUUUUUGGCAGGUAAUUGCCUCUUCUUUCUACUUUUACAGAUCUUCUAGUCUCAAUCCUGAAUUCAAUUUUUCUUACAAUCUCUUAUUUCUGCAGUUUGUGUUUCACACAUACACCACAGCAUUCGCUCUGAUAAAUGGAAAUGGCACCCCAAAGUCUGAAGAAUACUCACUUCGGCAAAAGCAGAUCUUCCUUGGCUUGGGAGCCAUUUCCUAUUCAGCUUGUGUUGGUGCUCUCCCUCUUGCCUUCAUGAAUCGUUAUGCAUUGAAGAGCCCAUUAAUGCAACUUUUUGUCAAAAAACUGCUACCUGCUCCUCUGCUUGGUUUGACAAGUGCAUUUACUGUGGCAAUGGUGAGAAGCCCGGAAUUUGACAAUGGGAUAGAAGUGAUGGACAGGAAUGGCAAGGUUAUAGGAGUGUCUAAGAAGGCUGGUGAGAAGGCUGUCAUGGAAACAGCAUUGUCCAGGGCAGUCUUGUUUGGGACAACGUUCUUCCUGCCAGAAGUGCUCAUGUACUUUGUGCAGAGAGCAAGAUUGGUUAAAAAUCCUCGUGCUUUGGGUCCAGUGAGGAUGUUUAUGGUUAUGUCAGUGCUAGCAGGGAUGCUGCCAGUCUCAUUUAGUAUGUUCCCACAGUGUGGGGAGAUAAAGCGAGCAGACCUUGAACCGGAAAUUCUGUCAUCUACAGAAGAAACAGAGUUCUUCUACAACAGGGGGAUUUAGAGCUUGGCUUUUAUAUACAGAUGUGUGCUCUGAUCCAAGUGAAUUGUGAAUGCACCGCUGGCAUUUGUGACUGAACUGUGAUUCCGUGGUGGCAAAGGUGCCAGAUCCGGUGUAGGAUGGUGUGGCCUGUAAAGAGGCAGAAUUUGGCAACGUGGCUUUGCCAGCCCCAGCCUGGAGGCACAUAAACACACCUCACCUGAUGCUGAAAAGUGCUAGAAAAGCACUGUAACACAGCCUUUGUCACAACCUGUGUUCUGUGCUUCCUCUGAUGAUUGAUUUCUUAAUUAAACGACUGUUGAGAAC